AACAGAUAAAAAUUUAAUACCUCUAAAUAAGUCCUAAAAUGUAUCAAUAUACCAGUUUACUAUAAAUAUGAAUAAAGAAAGUUUUUGCAUUUGCAGACAAAAUUUCGAUCUUGUAGCCAGUUCAGAAACUUUUGAGAAGCAGAUCCUAGUAAAUCAACAUCACAAAAGCAGACCUUAAUUUAUCAAGUCAAUAAAAAAGAACUUUAAUAUAACAAAAAAUCAGGAAGAAAAGCAAUUAAAAAUGUCUGAUCCAAAGGUUACUGUUCCUAUGCAAGGUAACGCUUGGUGCAAUAAAGGCGGUUCGAUUACUCAAAAUGGAUUAGAUGAUUGGACCGCGCCAGAUGCAGUCUGCAAGGCCUACGUUUACAUCUCAAAAAGCGGAUCUUUGAAAGUUUCAAUUAAGAUGAAUGCAACAGGAAAAAGUACUAUAAAGAUCACGAUUUUGCAAAAAAGUCUUGAGGUGAAAGUGGAUCCUAACAAUAUUUCAAAAGAAUUUUAUGUCGGGGAAUGGACCAACAUUCCAAUUGGGUAUCUUACUAUUCAAAUUCAGGGAGUCAAAAAAGCAACCGAUAAUUUUGGUGUUUUGUCAAGUCUUGUUCUCACCGGAAGUAGUAUUUCUACGCAAGACACUCUUUUUGUAAAAGAUAACGUUGACGAAAUGUUUCAUUUUGGACGAAGAGGACCUUCUGUUCAUUUAGGUUUUGAGACAUCUAAAACGGAUGUUGAGUGGUUUUACAGUGAAGUAACAGUACCUACAGGAUAUGAUGUUAUUGGUUCGUACUUUAUGGUAAACGGAUUUUCUGAAGGAUAUUUUGGAAUGCAGGUCAACUCUGAAACUGAACGACGUGUCCUGUUUUCUGUCUGGAGUCCUUUUACCACCGAUGAUCCGUCAAAAAUUCCUAAAGAUCAAAAAAUUUUAACCAUUAAGAAAGGAAAAAACGUUACCAUAGGUCAGUUUGGUAACGAAGGUUCAGGUGGUCAGAGCUACUUGGUCUACCCUUGGAAAGCCAAUCAGACUUACAAGUUUUUGCUUGGUGCAAAACCUCAAAAAUCUACAAACACAACAAUAUUUACAGCUUAUUUCAAAGACGACAGUGUCAAGCCAGAUAAGUGGAAUUUAAUAGCAAGUUUUCAACGACCUAAAUUAGCUACUUAUCUUAAUGGUAAUUACUCAUUCCUGGAAAACUUUGAACCAGAUCAAGGAGAUAAAACGAGAAUGGCGUACUAUGACAAUCAGUGGGUCUGCGACUCAAAAGGAUCAUGGACUGAAAUCACAGAAGCUACACUGACUGCGGAUACCACAGCGAGAAAGAAGUAUCGCGUUGAUUAUUCUGGGGGAAUUGUGAACAACAAAUUCUUUAUGAAAAACUGUGGAUUUUUUUGCGAUAACACAAAGUUAGAUACGAAACUCAAAAGGCCUCCAAAAGGCAAAGCCCCCGCAAUUGUUUUUAAAGACUUGGAAUGAUGAUCA